AUGAGCGCAACUGUAACUAUCAGGGGCUUCGUAACCAGUGCUAUGGUUAUUGAGAGGUCACAAUGGAAAAUCCGUGGGCCAAUCAAUUGGGACGGACUCGACACCAAGACGGCGAUUGAUUUCAUAAAGUCUACACCAGCUAGAGACAGAAGGACAAAUAUGGAAAAAAAUCGGUUUCGGGUCUUACUCGUUCAAAGUGCAACAUCGGACAGAGCUGGACUCUUUAAGCAGUCGAGUAUCCUCAAGGCAGCGAAAGAAGCAAAUUGGAUCGGGGAUGAAUUCCUAUAUUUUCUCGAGAAGGGGACAACCGGUUCAGCUGUGGUGGAGACGGAGAAUCAUACAAGUUUCAUAGUCCAGACACCGAAAGACGAUCUUCCUUAUUUCAGCCUGGCCCUUACAGAACUUAACAAUUGUCGUAGCAAAUCAGACGCGGAUUGGGGAUGCAUACUUUUUACAGACCGGGGCAUCGACUUGGAGAAUUUGAUUUGUAACAUUCAAUUCCCAUCCGACUUCUCAGCACCAUUGCCACCGGAUUUCAUGUUUCUCCCUGCAUGCCUUCUACAGUGGCAAGUACAAGAAACCCGGGAUCAAGUGAACACUCUGAGCGAUAGGAUACUCGCUCAGGAUGAUAAACUCGCUGGUAGGAAGACUGAAGGUCUUGAGAGUAUGCGCAGUUUGCUAUUUCAGCUAGAGAAACUGCAUUUAACACUAUAUAGGCGGUGGUCAUUUGAACAAGACCUAGCCGCAAAACUGUUACAGUGUUUUCAAACUAUUGAAAGAAACGCAAGCAAGGAAGAGGUAGCAACAUAUUCACGAAAGCUUUGUCAACAAGUCAGAACCCAGAAUGAUCUAUCCGGGACAUUAAAACACGAUCUAGAUACAAUUCCGGGAAAACUUAAGUUUCAACAUGGAAUGAUUGAUAGCCAAAUAAGCAUUAUGAUUGCGAAAAACUCGGAAUUUGCUGCAACUGCGGCUCGGAAGGAUAGUUCGUUCAUGAGAACUAUAGCAAUUAUUACCUUAAUAUUUUUACCCGGAACUUUCGUCGCCUAUGUCAAUGUUUAA